AUGGGCCGCGAACUCCAAAAAAAGAAGCGCCGCUCGAACCGCCAACCUGUCAAACAAUCAAACAGGACCAAAAAAAUCCUCAACCCCCGCGGCAACAACAUCAUUGCCAAAAACUGGUACCGUCGUUCCCCCCCCUCCCCCAUCCACGGCCCGUCUCCCCCAUCGCUUUGGCUCAAGCUGCUAACCGGCUAUAUUAGGGACAAGAAGGAAACGCUCGCCCAAAACUAUCGCCGCCUCGGGCUCGUUGCGCGGCUCAAAGCUCCCACCGGCGGCGUGGAAAAGAAACUGAGCGCCACUACGACGGGGAUAUCGAAAGAUGACCCGUUCGCAAUAACAUCCGUGGGAAAGGCCAUUGUUUCCGAGGCAAAGGUGGAGCGGGACGCGGACGGCAAAAUUAUUCGAGUUUUGGGAACGACCAGGUCAAAUCCUUUGAAUGACCCGCUGAACAAUCUUGACUCGGAUUCGGAGGACGGCGGCGGCGAGGAAUGGGGUGGCAUUGCGGAGAGGGAGGCCGAGGAGGAGGGCACGACAGAUGUGGUGAGGAGUUUGAUCGAGGAGUCGCAUAAUCCUGCGCCCAAGGCGGCGAGAUACCAAAGUGAGGGGGAGAGGGAGUGGUUGGAGAAGCUGGUUAAGAAGCAUGGGGAUGAUUAUGGGGCGAUGGCAAGAGACACCAAGUUGAAUCCGAUGCAGCAGACAGCUAGGGAUAUUGGGCGGAGGAUCAAGAAGAUGGGGGGUGGAUGA